AUGGGUAAAAGAAAAGAAGAUUGCUGUGGGUGGACAUACUACAAAGUUGGCAUAGUCUUUGUCAAUGAUUACAAGUGUUUCACUGAGUUGCAAGGUCUAGAAGAAGUGUUCAUCCAAAGCUGUUUUUUAAAUGCAUGUGGUGUAAUUUGGACGACAUCGAAUUGGGCAAUCGACAUUUGGAGUCUCUUAAGAGACUACAGUUCAAAUGUAGAGGUUGACGAUGUCAAGUUCAAACUUGAACCUCCAGGUAGUAAGAUAGUUGGUCACGAUGAACAUAUGAUGCCAGUCUUUUCACCGAAAGCAUUGAAGGAUCUUGGUGGAGAAGUCAAUGGUAAGCUAUAUGGCCAAGUGCAACCUCCUGUUUUCGAAUACAGUAAACUUCGGUAUGACCAAGCCAACGCUACUAUAAAAGAAACAAACUUGCCAAAUGUUACUUACAAUGAUGAUUGUACUGAUACUAUACCACAUGAAAAUCAAUGCUCAUCUGACCAAGUUUUAGAAAUUUAUACAUCUGAUAGUAAUAAUUUAACAAGUUCAUUUUCAAAAAAUUCUACCAAUAAACGUAAACGAUAA